AAUUGCGCAACCUCACCUGCGCUGCGCUGACGGACGGCAUUCUGCUCUGGCGAAGGGGGCGUCGCCAGCAAGCGUCGUGAAACCGGAACAGCAGUUGCGUGUUGUUGUCUCAAGCUGGAAAUGGAUGAAUCAGCUUCAUAAUAUAUGCCUUUACCCUGCCUGACAGCAGGAAACCACAGGCAUGGCAUGGCCUCAUAUGAAGCGGCAGUGCCCCUUGCCCUCCUCUGAAAGCGUUCGAGCGUAUGGUUGCGUGUUAGAUGCGCGGUGUCCGAACGGGUAUCGAACUCAGUAAAGCGAUCCCGACCUCGGUCUGAACCUACGGUGUGUGUGAUCGUGGCGUCAGCGCACCGUGACGUCCGUUGCGACAGAGUAACAAUGACGAGAAAGUCACUCACGUCCCCGAAAAUAGAAAUCGAGAGUGAGAGUGAUUGUCCCGUCAGCUCGGGGGUAAACACAAAGCAAGCAGCCCGGAGUCUUUCUCUCUCACCAAAAACCUUUAGUACCCGCCUCUCCGGGCCGUCCCGUCCCGGGAACAGACGCCCCCGCCACCUGCGGAGGUCCGGUACUUUCCCCCGACGGUAGUGGAGACCGAAUCAGACAGGGACGACAUGAAGACCGCCCCCGGUAUACACUGAAAGCGGCGUACAGAAGGACACGAGAAAAGGCUUCUCAAAGUGAAAAAGGAGCUCGCUGUUUUACUUGGGAUCUGGUCGAGCGCCGAUUUUCAGGAACUUCAUCAUUCCCAGAAAUGCCCCGAAAUAACUUGGACGAAACCAGGAGCCAAUGGGAACAAGGGCCGCGGCCGCCCUGGAUCACACGAUUGGCUGGAGGACAAAGCCCCGCCUCCUCAGGGGCGGAGUCAGACACAGAGAGCAGUAGCACUGAGAGUGAGGUCCGUACUAAACAGACAGGGGCGGGCUCCGUCAGGGUCUUCCCUUCCCCCUCCCUGAUCCAGCAGCGAAUCACAGAUAUCGACCAACGGAAGGAGGAGCUUAGGAUCCAGCUUCAGCUGGAGAUUGCCUUGCUGACGGGCGAGCUACAGACCGAAAGACAGCAGCUGGAGAGACAGCGAAAGACCCUGGAGGAGCAGCACAAGAAGCCUGUCCCCCCCAGACCCACGGAGCGAGACCGUUUGGAGGAGGAGAGGAGGCGGGUGGAGGAGCUGAGGAGGAGGUGGGAGGAGAAGGAGGAGGUGGUUUCGGGUCAGCCUGAGAGUCAGAAGGAACGGCUCACUCUGCAGCAGGAGAAGGAGGCGAUGGAGGCGGCGGUUCGGGCGUUCGAGGACUGGGAGUUCAGCAUCCUGGAGAGCGAGAGCAGGUUGGAGGAGGAGGCAGAUGAGGAGGAGGAGGAGGAGGACGCGGGAGGAGAUCUGUCCGUCCAGCAGCAGCAGCAGCAGGUGAUUAGCUAUGGACAGGAGCACAUCCAUCAUCUGGAGAGGCAGUUGAAGGAGGUGGAGCGAGAGAAGGAGAGGGAACUGAACGCCCUGAGAAGAGAGAAGAGAGACCUGCUUCACACAACCCAGAUGAUGCUUAAAGAGAAGAAGCCGCUUGCUGAUUGGUCGAAUAUCACUGGCUCCGCCCCCUGCAUGAUAUCCCUGUCCCCCGUGGCCAACAACAAACCAACCAAGGAACCUUGUCAGGAGUUCUCCAGUUUACCACGGAGGCGACAUCCCCACGGCAACCAUCUCCAUGACAAACAUCACAAUGAGAGGCCUCUCUCAGCUCAAGGGUUUAUUCGCUCGCGUCCGGACCAAAGUCCCGGCUUCAUCUCCUCAUCUCUGAGACUCACCAAGGGCAAUCGGGUCUCUCAGAGGUCCUCAUUUAGCAGCCGAAGUGUUGGCGUGCUAAACGCUAACAGCAGUAGCCGUAUAGCAAGUCAGUCCCCGGGGCUGGGCGACCUGCUGGAGAUGGAGAGGAGGCUGCAGGCGGCCAGGGCUGAGAGGGAGAGGCUGCUCAGAGAGAGGGUGCAGCGGCGGUUGGUGGUUGAGGAGGUCAAGGAAGAGGAGGAGGAGGAAGAGGAGGAGGAGGAGGAGCAGGCGGAGAGGAGGAGGCAGAAGGAGCACAGUUCUCCAAGAACAGACAUUAUUCAUCUUCCAGACAAACCCCACCCCCAGAGCCCUGCCCCCUCCGGCUCAAGCCCCGCCUCUCCGGAGAUACCCACCAAUCAGAUCACUUCAGAUCAGAGCCAUGUUCCCCUCUUCCUGGCUGUGAACUUUGACCUGCGCGUGCACGUGGAAUCGCUGGGUCAUGGCGUGUCGGGGUGCCCCGGGCUACGCAUCAGCAGCCGCCGGUGCGCUGGUUUCCUCACCAAGAGGGGGGGGCGCGUCAAGACCUGGAAGAGGAGGUGGUUCCUCUUCGACAUGGACCACCGGCGACUAGCCUACUACACAGAUCACGACGAGAGGAAGUUGAAAGGUGUGAUCUACUUCCAGGCCAUCGAGGAAGUUUACUACGACCACCUGCGCACAAGCUCGUCUCCCAGACCAAGCCUCACGUUCUGCGUGAAGACCUACGAGCGCCUCUUCUUCCUCGUCGCGCUGAGUCCGGAGGCCAUGAGGAUCUGGAUGGACGUCAUCGUCACGGCAACAGACGAGCACAGUCGUUACUGACCGCCCCCCCCCCCCUAAGGAUGGAUGAUGCACUUCCUGUGGUUACAGGAAGGGACCCAGGUGCUGCAGCAGAUCCCAUCCCCCUGUGCAGUAAACGCCCCCGCUGGUCUGACUGUGCGCCCCCUGGAGGCCACUUUAAGUAUUACACGAGGGGCGAACACUACAGGGAUUUUGUAUUUUUUGUCGGUCAAAUAUUGAAUCUACGAAGGAGGACUAGGUGGAUUUUUUAGUGGAGUUCUGAGUAUAAAGUCGGAAUUCUGAGAAGGAAGUCAGAAUUCUGAAAAUUAAAGUCAGAGUUCUGAUUUUAAAGUUGGCCCUAAUCCUGUUCUGUAGGAAUCAGGGAGCGUUUACACUGCCAUGGUUGGUUGCUUUAAAGUGAACGUAAUAUGGAUACAACUUUUAAAGCUAUGAAUACAUUGGGUUACUGUGUGCUAUAUUUUAUGAAUGAACGGACAGGUUUAAAUUUAUAUCAGGUUGUAACUGGGGAUAUGCAUCCUAUCUGGGGCUUAUAAAGAAUAUUAUCUUGCAUGUAAAAAUGACAAACUGGUACAAAUAAAAUGUUAUGAAACGAAAA